AUGCGCUUGCUACAUACAAAGGAAAGCCGUACGGGCAAAUUUGAGGUUUUAGAAUUCACGGACGACAGAAUCCCACCCUAUGCGAUCUUGUCGCAUACAUGGGAGGGCGAGGAAGUCACCUUCCAGGAUAUGUACGCAGAUGCAGUUCAUACUAAACAGAAAAACGGAUAUAAUAAGGUUCAACGGUGUUGCCAUCUCGCUAGGGCCGAAGGCUUCGAGUAUGUUUGGAUAGAUUCUUGCUGUAUUGAUAAGACAAGCAGCGCAGAAUUAUCUGAAGCCAUCAACUCGAUGUACCGGUGGUACCAGGAGGCUGAGGUAUGUUAUGCGUAUCUCGCGGACGUACCGUCUAGGAAGGGCUUUAAAGAGAGCAGGUGGUUUACGAGGGGAUGGACUCUUCAGGAGUUAAUUGCGCCCACGAAACUUACUUUCCUUGAUGAAGAGUGGACGGAACUAGGAAGCAAGGCCGAUCUUCAACAGGCUAUCUCGGAGUGUACACGUAUCCCGAUUGGUGUUCUCUCCGGGGUUGACGAUAUUGAAUCCUUCAGCAUCGCCCAAAGGAUGUCUUGGGCGGCGGAAAGAGUAACGACCAGGGUCGAGGAUCGGGCCUAUUCCCUCCUCGGACUAUUCGGGGUUAACAUACCACUGAUCUACGGAGAACGAGAAACGGCAUUUAUCAGACUGCAAGAGGAAAUCAUGCGCAUUUCCGAUGAUCACAGUCUCUUUGCAUGGAGGUCGCCUGACAAUCGUGGUGGUCUUCUUGCGACCUCUCCAGCUGCUUUUAUGGGUUCUCAUAAUAUUGUGCGAUUCAAUCCUUUUGAUCCUUUCAAUACCCCGUUUGCCGCAACCAGCACUGGGAUCGAUCUGAGAAUUCGCUUCAUGGGUAUUGGUCCCCGAGGACUGGGGCUUGCGAUACUUCAUUGUAAGGAGGAGGGCGGGGGAGAAAGAUUGAUUGCUCUCUACGUGAGAGAUUCUGAAUUCUUGACAAUGGAGCGAUUCGAAAGAGUUCACAGCGAAGACUUCAAGCGGCUUGAUCUUCGUAAAUACCGACCCUCGCAAUACCCGAUGCGACAAAUGAUCAUUCAAGCAGGCCGCCUAGCACGUCACCGAAAAUCAAAGGUCCGGGGGAGGUGUGACAGCAUCACUCCAGAUAUUUACCCUGAUGCUACACUAAUGGCACUUAUGGGAUUUGGAGAGCCUUCUGCACUAUUACAAGCAGCGGAACGAGGGCUCCAGGACGAAGUAUGGUUGCUGCUAACCCGCAGCGAUAUUGAGGGGAACCGGAGGGGCCCAGACGGACAAACUCCGUUAAUGCACGCGGCCCGAAACGGCCAUGAAACAGUUAUCAAGAUGCUAGCUGCUCGACGCGAUGUUAUCGUAGACUCAAAUGACGACGAAGGAAAGACGCCAUUGUGGUGGGCAGCACAGGCUGGACACGAGGCCACCGUCAAAGUGUUGGUUGAGAAAAGUGUCGAUAUAGAUGUUAGGGAUAGAGCGGGAUGGACGCCAUUAGCCAUAGCAUCUGAGAAUGGACAUGGAGGAACAGUUGGGAUACUACUUGACAAAGGUGCUGCCAUUGAGGGUACUGCUUGA